AUGUUGAAUGAUAGUAGCCUCAAUUUUAGGGAAAGAUGUCUGAGAGAGGACCUCGUUGUUGGUGAUGUGGUUCUCCCAACAUAUGUGAAGGAUUCUUUGGAACUUCAUUUGCUGGAAGUGCUCCAGAUUGCCAAAGCCAGAGCGAAGAUCAGCAACAUUCUCCAAGAAGUAAAUCAGUUGUCUGAUGUAGAGAAGUUACUGCUGUACCUCAAGCUUCCUACCGGCGCCACCAGUGAUGACCAGCUCACACUCAGCCCAACCUCAUCUCUGCAUGCAUCGAGUCGUGUGGAACAGACGCAGGCUUAUACAUGGAUCAAGAGUCAUUUGGAAGAAGACAGUGACAUCUGUCUACCGAAACAAGAAGUCUACGAGGAGUACAGAAAUUAUUGUGAGAGUUUAAACCUUCGUCCCCUCAGCCCUGCUGACUUUGGGAAGAUAAUGAAAUGUGUCUUUCCCAAUAUCAAGCCAAGACGUUUGGGACAACGCGGCCAUGGCAUUCGCAAGAAGCUAGAGGUACAACCCCCAGUUCUGCCAGAAUUGGAAAUCUCUCCCAGGAAAUUACGUGAAGACGAUUGUUACAGCCGAGAUGAACUUUUCAGUGCCUCCUGCCAGUUGGUGUGUGAGUGGGCAGAGAAGUUACUGGAACGAGCAUUUUCAGGACUGCGAGAGCUUUCUGAAUUUUUGGUCAGCAAUUCCUAUGUUAACAGCAAAUCAAUGGCUGCAUUUACUGUUAGUGCAGCUAUGCAGGAAGCUGGCAUUCUCAAUUCUAGUGCUGCAAUGUCUUCACUGUUUUCUAAUGCUUCUGGCGGUGACAAGCAUCGAGAGACACAACUGCAGCUGCAACGGAAACUGCAAGAACGGGAAAUGCUCAAGGAGCUGAAACGCCGUUUACACCAACAGAGACAAGAGAAUGAACACGAAACAAAAUCACCACACCGAACUCGCAACGAGAGUUACACCCCUGGUCUCCCAAGCCCAAAGACCAAGUUUCUAUCACCGUCCUCCUGUUUGAGAUUCCGUUCCUCAAGUAGUUUGGAGAAUCUUCUGAUGCCCACGGCUGUCUCAGACAACAAAUCUCAUAUCAAGGAUCAGGCUGCUUCUGUUCCUGCCUCAGGUCGUGAGCGGGUGCUGUCUAGUGGGAGCAAAACUCCUGCUAUCUCCCAUGAUGCGGCCAUGUCUGCUGCGCAAAUGAAAAUUUAUUCUACUCGAUCUCUUUUCCAAGACAAAUCAUUAGACAGACAAUGUGCUCAGUCAGAGGGGAGCGAGACAAGAAUCCCCAGUCGAAGUGGGACAAAAGAGGCUGGCCCUGACAUAACAGACUCAAAACAGAGCAAAACACCUGAAUUAGCUACUUUCCAUUCCUUGAAAAAAGCCAUCUGUGAUCCCAAUUCAGAGCUGGGCCGAUGA